AUGGAGGGUCUGGGCCCGGGCGCCGCGGGGCGGCCGCUGACGGAGGACGAGAUGGCGGAGGUGAAGAAGGAGGCUUUAGAAAGAAUGCGUCCUUAUUUGUGUGACAAAAUCAUAGCUGAAAGACACUUUGAUUACCUACGUUCAAAGAAAAUACUCACUAGAGAGGACACAGAAGAAAUUUCUUCUCGAUCUUCCAGUAGGAAGAAAACUGGGAAGUUAUUGGACUACUUGGCGGAAAACCCAAAGGGACUAGAUGCUCUGGUUGAAUCUAUCAGACGAGAAAGAACACAAAAUUUCUUGUUACAAAAGAUAACGGAUGUAGUGUUGAAAGUCAAAAAUGAAAAGCUGGAAGCUCUCAAAGGUCUGAGCUGCAGCACCUGCAUGACCUCACUGUAUGGAGGAACAAAUGAUCUUUCCAGGUCAUAUUCAGAUGAGUCCAACUUCUUUGAAAAUGCAAAAGAAAAAGAAUCUACCCAGAUAAGACAUCCAGAAGAAGACUAUAGCACUGCUGCUUUUGUGUCCGCCGUCUCUCUCCGCUCAAUGAAUUUACCAGUUGCAGAGAUGGGGACCACAGAGGGGGCGGUUUUGUCGGGGCCCCUUCCAGGGCCGGGGGAUCCGGGUGCUCCCGCUCUGCCGCCGGAGCUGCAGUCCGAGCAGCAGGAGCCUUGUGCCAGCUCGAGUGACAAUGUCGGCUUCUUACCUCUAAGGUCACGUUCUCUUCAGUCACAGUGAACUGAGGGACUUUGUUCACCCAAGGGUACUGAAACCAUGAGGUUUUACAAGAGCAAAAAAUGUUUUCAAACUGUUAAUYUGUAAAAAUCAGAAGUAACCUCUGCUCUAACCACCUUCCUCCCCACAAAAGACAAACAAUCAAAAAACACCGACAAAACUCCUUUAAACAUAGUAUAAUCAAUCAGGUAACUUUGUAGCUGCUUGAUUUUAUGUUCUUUAGGGAAGAUGAUACACCAGCAAAGACUUGUGGAGGGUUUUUUUCUUAUUUUUUAACUCAUUUAAUUAGGAUUUAAUAUUUUAAUUUUUGUUGCAGAUACUUAAGGGGGAGUUAGAGGACAAAUGUUUUUUUUUUCUACAGUGAUUUUUUUUUUUUUCCCUCCUAAAGUUUCUGUGACGAGUUGGUGGGAAAGAUGCUUAGGAAGAAGAACUUGGGUAUUGAAAAGUAACCUUCUGAACUUAAUUUGGCAAAUGAGUUUUAAACUUUAAAUGUUUGGGU